AUGGGCAUUGAUGUGAAUCAGACUGACAGUUUAAAGAAAACUGCUUUGCAUUUGGCAGUUGAACAUGACGCAUUUGAAGCUUGCAAAUUACUUUUUAAGAAAGGUAUAAACCAAGAUCAAAGAGAUUCUGAAGGCUGCUUCCCUGCUCAUUACACACUUGAAACAGAGAACAAAAGAAUGUUGUUAUUCUUAAUGGAGAAAGGUUACACGCCUGACUUUUGCGCAUUUGAGUUGGACAUCGAUUUCGUUCAUAAUUAUUAUGAUAAGUUUUAUUAUAAACAUCACAAGGAUGAAAGAAGAAGAGGUUGGGUAUUUGUCGGAUAUUAA